ACUGAAUUUUAAGGGGCAAUCUCGUCACCGAAAUAAAUAAAAAUAAUAAAAGACAACGUAGGCCUACAUUUUGUAUUAACUUGACAUAUGUAAUUGAUACUUGAGCAACUGGUCCACAUAGGGCUACCUGAAGCAAAUCCUGAAAACAUUCAAGUUUUUUUCCCCAUUUAUCCGGACUGUCCCCAUGCUCAGCUAGUCACGCAGUACAACUUAGCCUUUUUAAGACGAAGUGCAUCAACAGCUGUUCAAACAGUACACUGUACAGUGUGCAUGUAGGCAUACUGCAUGCACAUAUGUAUACAUGCACACAUGCAUAUUGCAUACAGCGUGUAUGGAUGGAUAUGUUACCACUGUAUGUAUGUUUGUAUCAAUGUAUUAAUGCCUGUAAAUGUCUGGAAAAUAAUACUUUCGGUGUCCUAGCUCUCAACGCUGUCUUUAUUUUUUAAACUGAAGACAUUUCAAUGCACGUAGCUCACGGUUCAUGUGUAUGCAAGUUUAUGUUUAACCACGUUAUUAGGACCAUGCUGCCCUCAUUGUUGAAAAUGCUUGCUCUCUGUGAUAGACAGAACUGACACAUGGUGUGUUCCCAGUAGAUAUCAGAUAGAUAGAUUUUUCUAAGAUAUCAGCAGUUUCGCUGGCAUUUGGUUUGGCGUUCUAUGAAUGAGGUUACGAGACUAGACUAUAACCACACCCACUUUCACUGAUAUUUUAAACACCUUGUUCUGCAGAACUUCUACCAAACAGAACGCACUUCCCUCCGAUGGUGCAAGAUUUGCAUCACCUAACACUAACGAGGCGUUUGUAUGUUUAUUUUCACAUGAUUUACUAUCAGAGGAACAGGAUGGAUUAAUUACCCAGAAAAAAAAGUACUGGCAUUUUGCGUUGUGUAUGCUUGUGUGGUGAGCUAGGAAUUUAUGAGUCAUGUUGCAUAUUUUAUACCAUGGUAGAGCACCUAUCUGACAACAAGGAAGGUCUGAAUCAUGACGUUAUUAGGACGUCUGCUCUACCUCACGUGGAUAGCCAGACAUCGUCCCCAAAAGGAGAUAAAUAAUACAACCCGGAGCGCUGCCCCGCUGACUCGUCAGUGGAACUGUUUCAGCUGCACACGCAGAUGAGCUGCCACGGCUGACCCCCUACUCCCCCCCCCCCCCCCCCCCCUCACCCCUUCCCCUCCCCCCACUACAAUUGGUGCCAUGCCAGCAGAAGGGCAAGGGAAGUUGUGAGGAAAAGGGAAAUGUGCAGGGCUGGUGUUUGACAUCUGGUGGGUUUUUUUCUCACACUAUGAGAAGAACAAAACAGUCACUUGCACAUUGCGUCGAGAACUUCAUCAGGGAAGCCAUUGCGCUCAUGAGACUGACCCAGGGUUGCUGGACUAGACAACCAACUUGAAAACCAAUAGAAAAUGCCUCCAAACCAAUUUCAAGAACACACAUGAACUAUUCCCAAACCAAUUGUAAGAAAGCAGAGGCAGACAUGGUAGUAACUAUUCCUCUAUAGUGGCAUCCAGGGAAGACGAGAACCAGGGAAACCAUAAAAACAGAGAAAGCAAAGCAUCCCACAGAGUCAAGUAGCAGAAGCAUAAAAGAUGUAUAUCAAUUUCCGCCGAAUCAGCAAGUGCCGAUGCGUGCAUCUGUUGGUGGCCAGCCUGGUCCUGUACGUGAUGCUGGUGGGCUUGGAGCCAUUGGACCACCACGCCGUCAGCCACGUGCGCUCGUUCGGCUACCGCUACCUCGUCAACAAGUUUGACUUCAACGCCACCUUCCGCGCCGCCGCCCACCGGCGCCACGGCAGCCCCGAGACGGGUCAUGAUGGCGGCGGGACGACCGGCUUCCCUUACCUCAUCAACCACCCGGACAAAUGUGAUGGCGGCAGCGGCGGCGGGGGUGGAGGGUGGGGCCGAGUGCUCCUGCUCCUGUUUGUCAAAUCGUCGCCCGAGAACUCUGCGCAGCGCCGGGCGAUCCGGGAUACGUGGGGCAACGAGACUUUCGUGCGGGGCCGGCGGGGCGAGCGUGUGCACGUGCUGUUCGUCCUAGGCGCGCACCCUGACCCGGGCCAGCGGCUUCGGGUUCAGGAGGACCUGCUCCGCGAGGACCGGGCCCACGGGGACCUGAUCCAGCAGGACUUCGCCGACACCUUCCACAACCUCACGGCCAAGCUGGUGCUGCAGUUCCAGUGGGCCCGCCACCACUGCCCCGACGCGCGCUUCCUCAUGUCGGCCGACGACGACGUCUUUGUGCACGUGCCCAACCUGCUGAGGUACCUGCGGGGCCUGCUGGACUCGCCGAGCGGUGGGCGAGACUUGUGGGUGGGCCACGUUCACAGAGGGGCGCCCCCCAACCGCCGGAAGAGCAGCAAAUACUACGUCUCUCGGGAGCUGUACCCCUUGCCCUGCUACCCGGACUACACGGCUGGCGCGGGCUACGUGGUCUCCGGGGAUGUGGCCGCCAAGAUCUACGGGGCCACUUUGGUGCUCCGCUCCUCCAUGUACAUCGACGACGUGUUCAUGGGGAUGUGCGCCAGCGUGGCGGGGGUUUCCCCCCUGGACCAUGCCUACUUUUCAGGUGAGGGGAAGGCACAGCGCCACCCGUGCAUUUUCGACCAAAUGAUCACGUCGCACGGCCACGAGACAGACAUGUACGCACUGUGGCGCGCCACGGCCGAGCGCGAGCUAGCCCGGUCGGCCCAGGGGCCGCUGGGGGAUACGUACUGCGUGGCGGUGAGGGCCGCGCUGCUCUGCCGGCCCCACUAUCGGGACACUUAUUCAUGCAUGGCGGCCUUUAUGUGAGUAGGUGGACCUCUGGGGCAGCUAUGACAUUAGCAUCCGAUCAUAAAAAUAUCAUGUGUCCAAAUAAGUCAGAAGGCAUUGCUGCACUUGAAAGUUGAACUACUACAAUUAUCAUCUAAUGUUUUUUUUUAUUCAUUCAUAGUUUGUUUUUUUCGGCUUUACAAUUAUUUGCUGUUAUGUUCUCCCCGUUGAAUUAAAGACCAAAAUGAGGAUCUCCGAAACAAUGUGUAUUUGUUUGUUGUUGUCCUUAUCUUGUGGGAGGUAGCAGCAACGAUGUGACAGUUGCUGCUUUGAUUUUUUUUAUUUUCCACACUAAUUAAACCCCCAAACGAGUGGGCCAGUGUGGGAAGCUACUAUGGCCCCGUCCACACGAAGCCGAAACGGUUGAAAUUGUUCUAUAAUGUCUCGCUGCGGCUUGUAGGACAUGGACAUCCAACGUCCAAGUGCUGUCACGUGAUUCCACUUGCCACCUCCACUGACGUCACUGGCUAAUGACUGAAACAACCUAAUUGUGAUUGCAAAAACAUGUGUUUGUGAAAUGUGUUUUUGAUGGGUCCACUCCUUAAAGGGGACCUAUUAUGCUUAUUCCACUUUUAUGACCUAUAACGUUGUUAUAAUGAUUGAUAGUCAUGUUUAAUCAUACCAAAGUGUCAAAUAAUGACGUACAUGCAUUUCGACGUAUUCCCUACUGACCGUCUGGGUUGGCUGUGCAGAGCGCUAAACACUCGGGACAACGUUUGCGAUUCACUUGUUUUCAUUUCCGGGAAAUCAUCUACGUAGAUGCACUCCUGCCGCGCCCCCAUAUGCCUGGUCAAAUCUGCCCGCGUGCGCGCUUCAAGGAAUGUAACCAAUCACAAGUUGGGUUGGCAGGAGGGGGGCGAGGGGGCGGAGAAGGACGAAACCGAGCGUUGACAGAGAAUGCUGAAAGCGCCCAGAUGAGAGGAAGAGUUUCCCGAAAAUCAACAUCGUUUUUUGUGCAUGGUUAAACAUGACUAUCAAUCAUUAUAACGACGUUUAUAGGUCAUAAAAGUUGAAAAAGCAUAGUAGGUCCCCUUUAAGCUAACGUAUUUAUCCACGAUAGCAGACACUUUAAAUAAUAAGCAAUAACAUGCAACUUAUUUAUCUCAACAAAAUUUCAAAUAGUCAACUAGAUACAUACAAAUAUAUAACAAAGGAAAAUAUACGAAAAUAAAAUGGCUAAAGUUAAUGCAAAAUUAUGAUGUAGUCGAGUACAAACAGUCUACUCUCAUUAUCAGUCUAUUAUCUUCUACAGCAUGACAUAACACAUCACAGGAAGUGGUAGUGCUCCACUUUGUUGGAGAAUCUCCAUACUGAUGGGUACAUUCUUCUGAAGCAGAUGUGCUGUGAAUUCCAAUAUUAACACAACCGUAACAAUGACCUACAAAAACUGUGUGUGUAUUUGUGCAGUCAUUGCAGACGGUUUGCUCAUUUCAGGGAGGAGGGCAGAGAGAUUACAAGAGGAACUCUACCACCUAUCUUCAGUAUCCAGAGGAAGCGCAAAGUGUCCGAAACGGAGGAGAUAUAAUAUUUGUAAUUUCUUUAUGUCUUUAUUUUUUAUUGGUUUGUUUGUAGAGAAGAGCAGAAAAUAAAUUUGAUAAUAAUGGAUACCAAUUCCAAGAAACAUAUUAUUUGAAUCGAAAUGAAAUCAUAUAUUGAUGGUUAUUAAGCAAACAAUAUACACCGUAAUAAAUUAAAAUGCAGACUUCACAUUUAAGAAAGACUACUGGGGGAAGUUAAUUUCUAAAUCGACAUAAGUUGAGCCUCUUUUUUUCACAUGUGAAUUGGGAUUCUCACUGUUGGCCCAACCUCAUUGAAAUCAAUACGACAAGAACGCAUUGGAGCGCUAGUUGUUGGGGAUACUAAAUCAUCAAAAUCUUAUAAAAAAAAAUGUUUUAUUCCAGGGUGACAACGAAGUGUAAAACAAUGCGCCAUUUCCUAUUUAUUGUAUCAGUUUCAGUGUGGAGAAACUGUGUUCCUAAGAGGCUGAGCUUACAGGAAGGGUUACAGCAAUCUUGCACAGUCUAAAGAGCGCAAGGGAAACUUCCCUGUUCUAGUGUUCUUUCCUCAUUUCAUGACAGCUGCUAUAACCUCAGAUGAACCUCACACCCAGAGGUCCACGGUGCAAUGUUUUUUUUCACCACUUGGAUGCUGACGGCAUUACCUGCCUAUAUUUUUUCCCCCUUGGCGGCCCUCAGUCAAAUUUUGGGUUCCUAAAUUGGCCCUCAGCUGUCAAAACUUUGAGAACCCCUGUUGUAGACCAACUUCGGAAAACUGUAGUUCCACCGUAGAAAAGCUAGAGGUCAGCAAUACUCUCGUCGCGCAAUGACGUCGGUUAGGAAAAGUGGGAAAAGUGUCGUCACGUGACAGCACUUGGACAUUGGAUGUCCAUGUCCUACAGGCUGCAGCGAGACCUAUGGUUUCGAUCUAUCCGGUUUCGGAGUACCUCCGUAAAGACUGUGUCAAGCGAAACCGGGUAGAUCUGUAGAAACGCUGUAGUACACAUUCCAGGCCCAUAAGGGGCCUUUCUGCUACAGAAAUCCAGAAGAAAAAUAUAUAAGAAGAAGAGGCGACCAUGCGCAUAAAGGGUGACCGCGGGCUUAACAGUCAUUGGCUAGAGGGUCGAGGCGAUGGCGUCAUGGUCCACACGAUUCCAAAACGAAACUGGGUCGAUUUGAAACCACCUCCGAGGGUGGUUUCAGAAGUUUACGGUUUCGGUCAGCGGAUUCGCCGGCUUCUUGUGGACGGAAGGUCAAAUCGUACAAGACCUUUGCGGUUUCGCCAUGAAAUAGGCUUCGUGUGGACGGGGCCUAUGUUUAGCCUCUUUAACCCGAGCGCUCGGGUUUAAGAGGUGCCCCCGGGGGCGGGGUCAGCUGCACCAACGUGUGCACCAUGGACAACAUGUCCAUGGUGCAUACCCACGUAACGGGAAGAAGCUUGCUUAAAAGCCCAUGAUAAUGUAUUUACCUAAACAAAACACAAUUCUAACACCUAGCAACUGAAUGAGCCCGUAGCAAAACACGCAAAACGUGCAUGCGCGCAUACUGGCCGCCGCCGAUUUCGCUACUUCAUGCCUCCCACACAACUCUUAAACCCGAGCGUCCUUUAAGAGGUUCCCCCGGGGGCGGGGGCAGCUGCGCCAACGUGUGCACCAUGGACAACAUCUCCAUGGUGCAUACCCACGUAACGGGAAGAAGCUCGCUUAAAAGCCCAUGAUAAUGUAUUUACCUAAACAAAACACAAUUCUAACACCAAGCAACUGAAUGAGCCCGUAGCAAAACACGCAAAACGUGCAUGAGUGCAUACUGGCCGCCGCCGAUUUCGCUACUUCAUGCCAGCAACACAACUAUAUGUCAUAUGAAAGCUGAGGCUCCACAUAUUCCAAUGAUAUCACUCUCCGACGAAAACUCACUGAACUAGAAGAGCGGCGCCAAAGAAGAGCAAAACAAAUAAACAAAUACUUUUGAUUGGCGAAUGGUGUUUUUUUUUACAUGGAUUUGGGUCAAAACUGUUGAAUUUGGAUGGAAUGAAUACCUAUAGUGAUAUGUCAGUGAAAUACAAUUAGUUUUACAGUCUGGUACCUUAGAAAGGUCAAAUGGCACUGAUGGUGCCCAAAAGUUCCCAAAUGGCACCAUUUAGUCCGCCUGGACCUACCUUUAUUCACUUUAUUAGCAUUUAUCCUGGAACAGGGUCCUCAUCGGAUGUUGUUAUAUGUUUCCCUAAAGGUUUUGGGCUACUAUCCCAUAGUUUCAAGGUGGCAUUCACUCUAAAUAAUGUGUUUUCUCGAGGCGUUCAGAGUCCUCUAGGUGUUCAGACUCCACCUCGACUCUGCAUAGCCACCCUCCCCCUUCUGGCCACCAUUGUACAUUGUACAUUGUAUUGUAUUGUGUUGUAUUGUAUUAUAGUACUUAACUGUGUAGCAACUGCAGUAGCUGCUAUCAUUGCUGUAACACGGGGAAUUGGUUAGCCUAGCGAUUGUUGUACUAGUUCUAUGAACAUCCUUACUGUACCGACGGCGAUAUAUUGUUGCACUUCUUAUGACAAAUGUUUGUCUUUGGAUAAAAGCGUCUGCUAAAUGCCCUAAAUGUAAAUGAAGGCGAAAAUUGAAAAUUUACAUUUCUUACUAUUAGCUAACUGAAUUUACUCUGACACAGUAACAUCUAUGUUGAUUCUAACACUUCUGCAGCCACCUCACAGAUGUUACCUUCUUUUUUAAACCAACUUUAUUCGUAUAGCCCUUGUUGUUGUGGAGGCGUACUCUAUUCAUUUUGGGCAUGUCAUUUCGGGCAGGAGGCCUGUGAAAUAGGCCUAGGGCUUAACAGGCUCCCUAUUCUUUAGAAGACUACUCUUUCACAACUUUUGUUUUUGUGAGUUUCUAUUCUAUUCUCUUUAAACUGAAAUGCAGAAGAAAACUUGAGUCAACACUAUACAAGACAGUGUAAAAAGAUGUGUUGCUCUAUAUAUAAAUACAAGUUGACUUUCUGAUGCUGUCUAGGCAUAUAAGUCAGGUCAUGAGACCUGAGUAAAACCAUUAAAACGCUGAGCAUAUCCCAGUGGUGGAAAAUUAAGCAUUAUAGUUACCUAUUUGUAAGACUCCUCUGUAUCACGCAAUACUACACAUGAUGCUAGCAUUCAAAGUAUCCCAGCAACUCUAGUUUUGGUGUCUGUACCACAGCAAAAAUUGCUGUCUGUACCAUAGCAAAUAUUACUCAGUAUUAUGAAAAUUACUAUUAUUUAACGUCAGUCUGCAUUAUCAGUUUGAAACCUAAGCAAAUAUAUGCCACUUGCAACCAACCGGCUACUACUGCAGUGAUGCAUCCCUAUGUCUGGGUCACUAUAAGUGUAAGGACCAGGGUCUGAAAUGAACGGGAGCACACUUGUCAUUUCAUCAAAUCAUUAAAAGAAAAGGAUUCUUUGUUUAACUUCCACCCUGUUUCCCUCGGAUGUACUUUUUCUUUGUCUGAAGCCGCUGCUUAGCCAGGGAGCGGAGUAAUUAUGACAAGGCCAUGCAUCAUCGUCAUCACAGGAGGUUCUUUGGGCAAAAAAGGGAAGAAUGUCAGAGAUUUAUUGGC